CAAGCACAAAAUUCCUCCUUGUCUGAGAACCACAUCCAAAAAAUUGUCGACCAGUCAGUAGCUAGGUCAGUCCAGUCAGCCAUGAAUAGCGCUAUGGUCACUAUGCAUGAGUCCAUGUCUAACUCUAUGGCUAUGACAGUAGCUCAAAUGGUCGCUCAAAAGUCCCACCAGUCUGCCAGUAAGAGACUCUCAAAAAAGAGACAUUUGAAUACGGACGACCUUCCUCAUGAUAAAAGUAAAAAACCCUUUUCUAAUUUUGAAGGUCAGUCUUAUGAUGAUAUUUUGCUUGCUCAUAGCAGCCAUGAUAAUGAUGCUUAUUCAAUGCAUCCCAGACCCUCGACCCGAGAGGAGCAAAUAGAUAUUCGGGUUAAGAAAACCUCUCAACAACAAAAAAUAUAUAAUGAGGUAUCAGAAUAUGAUAACAAUGACAAUGAUAAUGGAGACGGUGAUGACUAUUAUGAUGAUGAUGAUGAUAAAUCCGAUAAUUCGGAAUAUAAUGACCCCUCUUUUAAUAUACAAAAUACUGAGGGUGAAAAAAUAGAUAUUAAUGACCCUUCUACUUCGGGAUCAGACAUUCUUGACGAACUAGGUGUCCCUUUCUUUAACCCCUCUCAAAUAGUACACCCACGUUCAGGGGAGUGGUCACCUAAUACCCAAUUAGAACAAUUUAUUGGUUUUUGGCUCAAUAAAUCCCUAGACAACAGGGCCAGAAGUAAACUAAAAGCUGAAUGCCCCAGACCGACAAUUUCUCGAAAUGCGACCCAAACCCCAGAACUCCACCCUAUAUUAGUAAGAUAUCUUCUUAAAACAGGCAAAAACCCCAAGAAAGGUGUCGACCGCAGCUUCAAGCUGUGUCAGGACAAAGUGUUAGACCUCUUAGGUCCUGUUGCAAAAAUUUUACAAAUCUCAGAAGAAGCUUAUGUCUCAGGCAAACCCAUGGAUACCCUCACUGUCAGGGGUUGGGCACAAAGACUUAUGUGCCUUUUAGGUAAUGCCAACCAGUCCCUCAGUUCGGAAAGAAGGAGGACUGUUUUAAUGAAAUUAGAUCCUCAAUUAGCCCAUUUGGCCAACACUGAACCCGCUAAUCCUACCGAGGGACUCCUCUUUGGAGACCAAAAUAUAAAAGAAAUCUCAAAAUAUGUAGGUUUAUUUUCGGGUCUAGAUAAGGCACAAUCCUCCAUAAAGAAGGUGUACGCCAAUAAGGUUUUCACUCGGGCCGGGAAAAAUAGGUGUUGUUUCUCCGGCCGAAACACCGAUUAUAGACCCCAAUCUAGAGGAUCCUUCAUACAAGAAAGACCUACUUUCACAUCACCAGUGGCUCAACCCAGCCCCUUCUUCCCUUACCGAGGCCGUCCUUGGAGAGCCAGAGGCCAAAGAGGUUUCCCACGCUCUAGACCAGCAGCAUAUUGAUCAGCCAGGAAUUUGGUCCAAUCUGAUAUAUUUUCCCCUUUAUUGGGUCUUCGUUUCGUUCUUCUAUCAAGUUUUUCUUCUGAUGCAUCGCUAACUGAAGCCAACCUACAAAGAUCUUCGACAGACUUCCAGAUACAGAUUUUACCUGGACUUCCUUUCUCAUUUAUUCAGCAUGAUCAGACUACAAGUUUUCAGUUUUACAUGACUUUUAUUGUAAAGAAAGAGGAAGUUCAUCUGUUGUAAGGCACCUUUAUUACCUGGGGUGUCACCUGAUUGGCUAUACCUGCACAGCACCCUUGGAUGUAUCUGUGCACAUACAAGUUUUUUGUUUCCUGAAUGUUUUUUCUGUUAACUGUUUCACUGCUAUAUGUUACAGUAAAGAAGGAAUUUGCAUAAUGCGAAGGCCUCCUGUCUUUCAUAAAAUCUAUAUUUUCCGUCACCUAGGGUAGGAAAAUCUUCAAUUAUUUAUAGACUAUUUAUACAUUAGGAGGGUGCACAGUAUGAUUAAUUCACAACAGCCCUAGCUGCUUUGUACUAUUUAA